UCCUCGGGGGGUCGCCGUCAUAUAUAAACAAUUAACCUAUACCUACACAAAUACAUACGUAUAUACAUAUAUAUAUAUAUACACACACGGAUGGGCGGGGGAGAGACGGCGGAGAGGGAGAUGAAGAAGGGGCCGUGGACGGCGGCGGAGGACGCCGUACUGAGGGAGUACGUAAAGAAACACGGGGAAGGCAGCUGGAACGCCGUCAUGAAGAGCUCAGGGCUCCUGAGAUGUGGGAAGAGCUGUCGGCUCCGGUGGGCCAAUCAUCUCCGACCAAAUCUCAAGAAGGGUUCUUUCACUCCCGACGAAGAGAAGAUCAUCCUCCAUCUUCACUCUAAGUUUGGCAACAAAUGGGCUCGCAUGGCUUCUCAGUUACCAGGACGGACCGACAACGAGAUAAAAAACUACUGGAACACGAGGGUGAAGAGGCGGAAGAGGGCGGGUUUGCCUCUGUACCCUCAAGAGGAAUCAACUUCUUUUCAAUUCCAAAACCACAAAAAUCACCGAAGCAGGACUUCUCCUACCUCUCCUUCGUCCUCUUCUUCUUCUCGGCCUUGCCUCCAUCCCUUCUCUAGCCCUACCCCGACCCUCGAUUCUUCCGUGAGCUACCAAAUGUUCGAUCUUUUCGCUGACCUUGACAAUGAUGAUUAUAGCACCAGUCUCGGCUUCUCUCUCCCUUUGUCCACAUCGUCUUCUUCCAGUGACUUGUGCAGUCAAAAUCGUCUUCUCGGGUUCACAUCCGAGAACUCAAACAUAAACAAAAACGACGGAAAUAAGGCAGAUGUUAUGAGUUAUAGUUCAUUGCUUAUGGGAGAGGAGAUGAGACCGUCUUCUUUCCCUCCAGGACUAGACAUCUUAGAGCUCCCUUCAAACCAAACACAUUCAUUCACUUGUAAUGAAAGCAUUCAGAUGCCGCGACGAGGCAAUAGCGGAUUGCUCGACGCUCUUUUGGAAGAGUCUCGAGCUUUGUCUCGCGGUGGAUUGUCCAAGGACGAGAAUCAUAUAAGCUCUUCUGAUCAUUCAUCGAUCGGAACAAACCCUAAUAAGAACAAGUACGAGGAACCGACAUCGGACAAAACCAUGAUGGAUGAUGGUGAUGAUGACAUGCUCAUGAGCCUUCUCAACAAUUUCCCUUCAUCCACAGUACUGUUGCCUGAUUGGUACAACACAACAAGAAACCGAUCCAACGGUUCAGAUUUCACCUCAACAAGCAUUACCCUCAUAGGAAACAUUCAAAGCAACGGCCUUGAUCCGUCUCCGGCAUCGUCCUCCGAUGCAGUAACGCCCGGAAUUUUCUGAUUCAUCCAAGAACAUGUGCAUUUCUUUGAACUGAAGAGCUUAUUAUGAGCUUAUAUAGUUUGUUCAUUUUGUUUUAAUUAUGCAUGCAGUCUUAAUCUUCA